UCAAAAUUAAUGCAGUACUAGUAAACGUGACCGAGAGCUGCUUUUACUUAUACAGUAGUACGUUGUCGAAGUUGAGAGACGAAGAAUUGCUCAUUAUUUUCUUCAAAACUUGAGUAGACUCGUUUGUUUUAUAUAUUAAUUUUUUAUUAAUCACGUAUAUGGCUUCAAUCGAAGAAAUAGACCAGCUGGAUAGUGGUAUGGGUAGCAGCGACGCACGCUCUCCAGAAGUGAAAUCUCUUCUUCCCGACGAAGAAGAUGACGAAGAGGAUGAAAGCUUUUCGGAAAGAUUAUUAGGACUUACAGAAAUGUUUCCCGAAAAUGUUCGCAAAGUUGGAUAUAAUGUUGGAUCUGGUCUAUGUACUUGCGUCAAAGGUUUAUAUACAUUUUCAUGUUCAGCAACAUGGCUCUUGUUCAGUUCGUCUGCUAUUUUGUUCGCACCUGUAUUCUUUGAAGUAGAGCGUGCUCAAAUGGAAGAAGUUCAGCGUGCACAACAAAAACAAGUUCUUUUAGGACCAAAUUCUGCCAUCUCUAAUGUUAGUGCGCCUGGUCUUCCAAUGGCUCCCCCUGUGCAGCGAUAAAUAAUUAUAUAAUUUAUCAUUAAAGUAAUCGUGCAUUCAACUAUUUAUCAACAUAAUAGUAUCAUUAAUUGCAAAUACCAUAAAAAUAUAUUGACCAAACAUGUAAAUUAACUGUAUAUCUUAUAUUUUAAAUUCUUAAGCUCUAAAUUCCAUAAUUGCAUUUGUUUAGUUACAUAUUUAGAAAAUUGUGUAAAACUGUGUGUAGUUCAGUUUCUGGACUAGUGCAAUGAUAAUGUAUAAACAUUUUAUCUUCAAAUGUAAUUUUUAAUACAUAAUGAUAGAGUGAAGGAUUUGAACGUUUCAUCGUAUUUUUUAUUCAUCUUGCAUUUUUAAAUAAACUAUAAAUGGUAACAUUUAAUGAUAAAGCACCGUCACUGAUAUCAUGAGAUAAAGAUCAAAUUGUCAUGUAUAAAUAUUUACAAAUAUGGUUAUAAGCUGUACUUUAUUCAUAAGAAGUGGAUCAUAAUGCAUUGUUGUUAUCUUUAAUGUAUCAUAUGUUAUUGUAAUAUAUAAAAUAAAAAUAAAAUUAUAACAUUAAA